CAUUCAUGUUAUACAUACUGUCGCGGGCACACUAUGACAAUUGUCUAAACCUUAUGGUUAGAGUUUGCUUGAAUGAAAAGACACACAAACAUUAAAAAACACAUUGCAAGCCUGAUUCGUUAAAGAAAGGAAAUGGAAAGCCUCUUGGYGGGAAAUCUUUCAAGCGAGAAAAACGCCGAGCUUAUCCCAAAUGUCUCGAGAAGGGCUCUUAUGAUAUGUUCUCAUGGUUACUACCUUAGGGUAUUCGAUGAAAAAGUCGAUGGAACUACAGAUAUCAACGAUAAAAACACCAUACUUGAGAUGCAUUCAGUUGCAAUUGGUGAAAUAGCCAUUCAAGGGGAGCAGUCAAAAAAAUAUCUCAUGAUGAAUAACAAGGGAGAUAUUGAAACCACAUCAUCAUUAUCACAUGAAUGUGUAUUCAAGGAGAGACAUCUGACUUCUGCUUACAAUACAUACGAAUCCAAAGCCAAUAAUGGAUGGUAUCUAGGAAUAACAAAGUAUGGAACUAUGAAGAAAGGCUUCAAAACAGCCUCAGACCAAAAAGCUGUGAAAUUUCUUUCUGGAGAUGUAAAGGGAAUGUAAAAAUAAACUAAAAGGUUAAUGAGUUGAGAAUAGCCUAGAGCAUUUUGGGAAGAAUUUAAACAUUUAUAAACCUAUGAAAUAUCCUAAAAGGAAUGAUCAGAAGAUAUAUAUAAGUCAUAAGAUUUUUGUUUAUAUAUUUAGAUAUUAGAUACUAGAUACUUAAUUAAAUUUACAUUUGCAGCCAGUGGCUGAAGUGCAAUAAACAAAAUUACAAUAUUCAAAAUAUAUAUACAAAAGUAUACUUAUCCUUAUGCACUAGUCAAAGUAAACCCCCUAGAUUCAACAUAAAUGCUAAUGAGUGGCGGCCAUUUUGGUAAAAGUGAAACUUCAAACUCAGGACAAAGGAGCUAUAAUUGCCAUUAAAAGCGACUGAAACAUA